AACCCGCUUGGUAUAUCAGCAGAUGAAGAAUUUAAGGAGGAUGUCUAUCCUUAUUCUCCUUAGCAACUGAGAGUCUGCUCUGGGAACCAUCAGGCACCAUGGGGAAGCGGGAUAAUCGGGUGGCCUAUAUGAAUCCUAUAGCAAUGGCCAGAUGGAGGGGCCCAACUCAAUCCGCAGGCCCAACAAUACAAGAUUAUCUGAAUCGACCAAGGCCCACAUGGGAAGAAGUGAAGAAACAAUUAGAAAAUAAAAAGAAAGGCUCCAAGGCAUUAGCUGAAUUUGAAGAAAAAAUGAACGAGAAUUGGAAGAAAGAACUAGAAGAAAGCAGAGAGAAAUUAUUAAGUGGAAAUGAGGGUUCAUCUAAAAAAAGAGAAAGAAAGAAAAAGAAAAAGAAGAAAUCUUGUCGGUCUUCAUCGUCUUCAUCAAGCUCUGAUUCUUCAAGCAGUUCUUCAGAUUCUGAGCAUGAGGAAAAGAAACAAGGAAAAAAGAGAAAGAAAAAGAAGAAUCGUUCACACAACUCAUCACAAAGCUCUACAUAUGAAUCUGAAGCAGAGAGCAAGGAAUCUGUAAAAAAGAAAAAGAAGUCAAAGGAUGAAACAGAGAAAGAAAAGUAUGUUAGAAGUCUCAGCAAAAAAAGAAAGAAGACUUAUCCUGAGGAUAAACCUUUAUCAUCAGAGUCCUCAUCAGAAUCAGAUUAUGAAGAGGAGGUGCAAGCAAAAAAGAAGAGGAGACGUGAAGAGCGAGAGAAAGCAAUGGAAAAAGCAAAGAAGAAGAAGAAGAAACAGCACAAGAAACAUGGUAAGAAGAAGAAAAAGAAGUCAGGUUCAAGUCACAAGUCAGAAUAACAUUAAGAAUAAAAGCAGGAUUUUCCUGUUUAAAAAAGCAAGGUCUAAAGGAAACUUCAACUGUGAAUGUUAAGGCGUAUUUACCAAAACGUAUGGAUUUCCCUGUGUUAGUAGAAUUAUUCCUGAACUUAGAGUUGCCAGUCAAAUGCCACUGUGCCAGAAAGGACCAUAAUUGUUGCCUGCAGCUUAAGUGUAGGAUUUUGUUUGUUUGUGUGUUUUUUUCUUCCAGUGGUUCAUUCCUCUGAGAGCUAAAACCCUGUUGUCAUACUAGUAGUUAAAAUGUUUGGAAUUAGAGUAAAAUGUUUUAGAUAAUAAAUAAUUUUGACAAAAAAAAUGUAUCUAAUGUUAAAAGCAUCUAAUUUGGAUACAUCUUUAAAAUAUAAUCAGAAACAUCCAGACAGCUAUAGUCGACAUUUUUGAAGCAUGGACUUUAACAUUGAUGUCUCAAAAUCCUUACUUUUGAUGAUAAGUGUAGUUUAUUUUACUUUUCUCCUUAAUAAACUUUUGUUUACAUGGGGAAAGGGCUGUGGGGGAAAAAGACUUUGCUAUGACUUUGGCUAGCUGAAUAGUGUGCCUUUGAUACUUACACAUUCUAUUUUUGCCAGUGCAGCAGCCAUUCUUUUCUUACUUAGUGAAAUUCUGGGAUGUUGUUGUAUGCUGCUUCAGGUGAACAGAAAGACAGCAAUUUACAGUACAAGUAAGCCCCCAAUUCUAUGAAAUUUACCUCCACUUCAACAGUACUGAAUAAUAUUUAGCAUUACAGUGUUACUUGAUUUGAAUUAACUUUGGUACCCUUUGGAGAAGAAUCAUUUUAAAUAGACCCUGGUAUUUUUUGAUUAAUAAAGAUUCUGAAAUAUUUUGCAUGUUUUAUACUAUUAAGUUUUGAUUAUCCAGGGAUAUUCUAUAUAACCAGUAAUCCUUUUUUUAUGUGAUUUAUGCUUAGGAUGCAAGUUUCAAGUUUGUAAUUUCUUAAUCUUACUAUAUUAAUUUCAUUACUGUGUUUAAUUGCACACUUGCCAAAAUAUUUAGCAUGUAACAAGAAGGUUUUAAAAAAAUAUAUUUAAUGCCUUCAUAUUGAAGCUGGUUUACUGUAAGCAAUUUGAGUGCCAGACCUCUAGUAUGCUAUGUGUCUUGUUAAUAAACUACUGCCAAAAUCUUAGUAAGUAUGCUGUUUAAAAGUUUGUUGUCUUAAGCAUUAAAAUAGGAGUUGAGUUUAGCAGAUAAUGACAUCAUUGAUCUUCCUGUGUCAUAUUUUACUAAUAUUUGGUGUCUCCUGUCUGUAGCUGAUUCAUGUUUACCACUAAUGCUGUCAUGAGUUGAAGUUUAUUUUUACAUUUUUACAUGUCAGAGUAAUAUGAAUUAUAAAUUGAUAUCUCAAAAAAACACCUGUUACAGAGGAUGUGCUAAUUGUAAUGUCAUAUGUACAAAUUAUUUUGGCAUGAUGAGAGAAUCAGUAGCUAUUUUGUUUUUAAAUAGCUGAUUUCAUGUUGGCUUUCUUGAAUCACAAGUAAAAUUAUUAUGAAGAUAGAAAAAAUAUCUAGUAGAUAAAUAACAUAUUGGCUCCCCAAAUUUUUGCCAUCGAAAUACCAGAAUCUCUCAGUAAGGUUCUUAGAACAUUAUAAACGUAAUGCCAUGUUAGAUCACCUUGAAUUGAAGCUUCAUAACUUUAGCUGUUUCCUAAAAAUAUAUCUAAUACUGAUAAAAACUAUUAUAUUUAAGCGAUAUUUUGUAUCCAUAUAGAGCUUUUUGAAAUUGUUUUUCAUUAAAAUAUGAAAAAAAAGCUCAUAUUAUUUUGGAAUGUGGCAAAAACAUUAACAGUUUAUCAAAUAUCUGUGUCCUCCCAUUCACUUCCUAGCCCCUGUAGUUAGGCAAUGCCAUUUGACUACUUCUAGCAGAGAGAUUGUAAACAGAAGUGAUGUGUCAUUUUGAUAAUGGAGCAGUAAAAAUGUCCUGCAUGACCCUCCUACUCUCUCUUUACCUGCCAUGGUGACCUGAAAGCAAUGUGCUCCAAAUGACGUACCUACCAGAUGGAUGCAACCUGGAUCUCUAAGUCACUGUUUGUAUGGGACCUGUCCUGGAAAGCUGAUGAACUUGCAGUGAACCAUUGAGAGUAAGAAAUAAAC